AUGAACAUGAGAAAAAAGUUAACCUGUGAAAAGCAACAGAUAAUUGUAAAGGAAAUAAUGAUAGCACACAGAAUAUGUGAAAAGGAAGAGUCCAGGCUGUGUCAGACCUGGGUUGAUAGUUUGCUUUCUGAGAGUCGACUGAAAGAUCUAGAAGCUAGUGAAAAGAGAGAUGUCUACCAAAGAGAUGGUUUCCUUAAUGCCACCACCAAGGGAUUCACCCUGAAAGCACCCCUUUUCCAGGCACUCAACUCUUGUUCUGUAGGCCUUUACUUGUGGUCUUUCUACUGUCUGGAUUCACUGUCCUCCCUCCCUCCCUCCCUCCCUCUACAGAUAUUCGGAGGCCUGGUAUGGAUCCUUAUUGCUUCAUCCCGGGUGCCCAUACCCCUGAUUCAGGGCUGGGUCAUGUUCGUGUCUGUGUUCUGCUUCCUGGCCACCACAACCCUGCUGGUCCUGUACAUCAUUGGUGCCCAUGGCGGAGAGACUUCCUGGAUUACCCUGGAUGUAGCCUACCAUUGCAUUGCCUCCUUGUUUUACCUCAGCGCCUCUGUCCUGGAGGCCUUAGCCACCAUUUACAUGUAUGAUGGCUAUGUCUACAGAUACUACCAUGAAAACAUCUCUGCUGUGGUGUUUGCUUAUGUAGCCACUCUGCUCUACGUGAUCCAUGCAGUGUUCUCUUUAAUCAGAUGGAAGUCUUCAUAAAGCAGCUGCAGAAUUUUAGCUGAAAACCCAGACAGCGUUAACUGAUGGGCAUGCCUUCCAGCAUAACUUUUUUUUGAACUCUGAAGUGCUCUCAACGAUGAAGAAAAACAGGGAAGAAAGAAAGAAAAAAAGGAAGGAAGGAAGGAAGGAAGGAAGGAAGGAAGGAAACAACUUUGCCCUAACCUAAUACCCUCUCCCUCCACCUCCACCCCCACCCCCACCCCCACCCCCACCCCAAUGGGAAAAAAAUGCUUUGUUGUCAUGGUCUUGUUUCCUCUUUUAUUUACUCGUUAGGGCUGGGGCUUGCUUUUGAGCUGUCUUUCUAAGGUCAUUUCCUAUUUGUGAAGGAGGAUGAGGGUGAAAAAUGAGGACUGUGACCUGAGAGUCCCAGAAACAAAAAUCCCCUGCUGACUCCCAGACCAGAUCUCAAGAACUGUCUACUGGAAUUUUCCAUAGGCUCCCAGGAACACCCUGUCUUGUGGUGUGUUUCUGUCUUCAUGGACAUUCUACAUGUCAUGGGAAGUGACACUCACCUCAAACAUUUGCAGAUGUCCACGGUGGAAGAUAAAUAAACCUUUGAAAUACUUUAUAAAGUGCUUUUAUGUUCAGUAAA